CCUUCCCCAUCCUCCCUCUCUCCCUUGGCUCAAACGGCCACUAUGCCGCCUCAAGGGUCCCAGUCGCAGCACAAGAGGAACCUUGCGGUCAAACGCCAGGACGGCGAGCCCCUCACGCGCGUCGACCUCCAGUAUGACAUGUUGAACGCUAUCUUCAACGACAAGCACGCGGUCUUUACCGACCCUCAUACGACCAUUCGCGGCGAUCCCGCCGGUACACUGGUCACAUUCCGCGACCUCUACGUCAAUGCUCUGAUUCAUUCGCCGAAAUGCUCCAAGGCGUCCCGAGACAAGAUCAGGGAAUCCCCGGAAUUUGGUAAUGAGUUCGCGAUGAUCUCCCUUCUUUCAAACGUAGGCCGCAUCAAUACGACCAUGGCUUUCUUUCCUGAGAUGAAGACAGCUCUCCGGACAUAUCAUCCUGUGCCGGCACUGCAGCGAACAAACGGCAACCUGCAGGAUGCUCCUCGAAUCAAGAACAUAUUGAAGUCUUGCUUCAUACCUGGCGAGGAGCAGGGCAUGUACAGUACUCCAAGCGACGUGCUCGCACGGUCUCGCUCUCGUAAGAUACCCCCCACGAGCAUUGUCAACCUCAUCUUUGUCUUCUCCAGUCACUCUCCUACCAUUGCUCGUAGCCACUUCCCACCGCGUGCCGGGGUCGACUUCUUGGAUUUGUUCACGCCCGUGCGCAUCUCUUCACAGUCGCGCGCACGAGCGUUUCUCUGGCUUUGCUACCACUAUCACGAAGCCCCUUCUCCCAAUCCAUUUUCCGACGCCAAUUCCGAGGACUUUCCGGAUCGAGUACCUCCCCUAAUUCGACUCACCGACGCAGAGGCCCAGGCAGAGAACAUUGACUCCGCAGAGGAGCACCAACGAGGCUUUGACAUGACAGACCUGCGGAAGCGCUUUUUGGAGACUCAAGCCAGAGGAGAGUAUUCCAGGGAUCCAGACCUCGACCUCACGAGACCUCAGGCCGGAGAACCUACAGGGCGCGGCAAGGGUAAAGGGAAGGAUCUUGUUCAAACAGGCUCCGGAUCCAGAAUACGAGAAGCGUCUCCUGCCGAUAGCCAAUAUUCGGCCCUAUAUCCUCUUAGGGACGAGGACAUGCUUGAGGGACCCGGACGGCCUCUUCUGAGACGCCUUCCAUCACCUCAACCUCACCAUUCCCCCGAUCGUCGCCAUCUCGCUUCCCCGCUCCAGCGACAUCCCCUGCACGGCCACUUGGGAACGAGCUCUUUUCCUCGUGCAGUGGCAGACCCCUAUCCCCGGCGACCUCCGAGCCCCAGUGCUGAGCUAUCGCAAUCCAGUAAUGGCAAGCCCCUGCGGACCCAAUUACGCAAGCAUCGAGGACAUGCUUCUCAUGCGCCAUUGUUUCUUCAUGAACCCUACCAAUAUGCUCCUCGGAUUCCUCGCCCCGCACUCGUUCCUCCGAAGCAUGCCCCGACAUCUCCUGACACCCCGAAGCGGACCAUGCUUGAACAGGCGUGGCAUGUCUCAAUGACAAGUGACCCGUUGUUGGACUCCGACGACGAGGUAUUCGCUGAUGAGAAUACCCGGCUGGACUACGUGCUGCGUCUGCGCAUAAUCAGUCGGCUGCGCGGCAAAGAACCUACACCUCCGCGGGACGUGGCGCCUUACGGCGUGAACGCUGUGAACCCAAUAGUUGUGCCGUUGGGCGCUCGGUGAGCCUAGGUCAUCCGUCCUGUGUCCGCAACCCGGCACUUCUUUCUCAAACAAGAGGACGCAAAAACAGGGGGAUGCGCAGCCUGCCAUCUCGCAGACCUCUUCGUGCUUACCAUGUCCUCUCUUCAUCGAUGUCCCCCUUGUCAGUAUACAUAACCCACAUCACUAUCGCAUCAAGCUGUUCGGUCUCAACAUUACUUCUGGGCCCAUGUAAUCUCCCUCGACUCCCCUCGCUUUUCCGAAGCGCGUACGUCUCUAGGCUUCAUGCCGACGAUACCCUCUAUCUAUUGACUUCGCAUCAUGUAGUAUUCGG